AUGACGAUCUUCUUCUGUUCUGAGGCUUCGUCCCGCAAGUCCAAGAGUGUUGAGAAAAAUUCCGCUGUACCGGAAACUAUCGCUGAAGAAUCGAGGGAGAGUCGAUUGAAAGCCUCUGAAAUCCUCUUGGUAAUCCUUCUCGCAGUCUUCCUCUUGAUGUUCGAAUGCAACGUUAUGAGUUUCACUGGAAUGAUCACGCCCUUCGUGAUCCAUUCGGAUCUCCACCUCGACAAAUCCGCCGGUGCUUAUCUCGGGGGAGUGAUUCGCUCCACGUUCUUCGCAGGUCUACUCCUGCUGGUUAUCGCGCACAGAAUCCCGUUAUGGAUAGUGCUCACGAUGAGCUCGUCCACCCUGAUGCUGUCAUCAACGAUCUUCGCGUUCUUCGUGCUGGAAUCACCUGCGAUGAUCUGGAUCUCAGCGGCUGGAAUCGGUUUGGGACUCAGCGCGCUUUUUGGAACCGGCAUUGUCUGGACCUGUCAAUAUGUCGCCUUGAAACACUGGCACAUGGCCGUCUCCAUGCUAUCCAUGUGCAUCGGGAAUCUUGCUCCCGCGUUUCUCGUAGCACCUUGGAUCGAAACCCACCCCAUGGUUCUGGCGUAUUUAGUCUUGGGCUUAUCGGCGCUCCUCUGCAUGACCUUCGCGACGAUGCUCUUUGUCGUGAGAAAUAAGAAAAAACUGGUGCUUGAAUGA